AUGAGAACCAGACGUCGACUUCCCCCCGUUGCGACAUCUGGGCUUUCUCGAGACUCCCAUUGUCCCCACGCCGGAGGGUCCCGGGUCCCCGCCGGGCGCCCGUCCCCGAAAAGCGUCCACGCCCCAGACACUCCACUUACUCAGGCCACCCAGCCGGCCUCCACCGGCCGCGCUCCCGGGGCCACCAUCCCGGACUCCCCGGGACGCCUCCGCUCGGGGCGGGGGUGGGGGGGACCUCGGCGCCUGGCCCGGAGCCCGCUCCGCGAAGCAGGGCAGCCGCGGACGCUCGCCCCGAAUGGGGCGGCUGCAGGCCAGUUCCUAACCCCCCUGGGCCCCAAGGCUCGGCAGCCCAGCCGCCGCCACCGGAGGCAGCGAGCAGCAGCUGCGGGCGCCGAACAGGCUCCGCGGAGGGCGGGGGCUCGGAGCGCGCAGAGCUCCGCCGCCGAGAGAGACGAGCCGGGGCCGCGCCGGGCCAGCGAGGAGCGCACGAGCCUUCGAGGCUGUGGACUACGGAGGGAGGAGCCGCCGCCAACGCCAGCUCCCGCCUGGAGGGAGCCUGAAUCCGCCGCGGGCCAUGCGCCGCCGGGCCCCGGGAGGCCGGCCGCGGUCCGGGCAGCGCUCAGCCGGCGCCCCGGCCCGCUCGGCCGCAGCUGCGCGCCUGUAGCCUCCGGGGGCUGCGAUGGGACGGGAGCCAUGAAUGGUGCCGCCCCGGUCCCGGUCCCGGUGCCGGUCCCGGACUGGCGGCAGUUCUGCGAGCUGCACGCGCAGGCGGCCGCCGUGGACUUCGCGCACAAGUUCUGCCGCUUCCUGCGGGACAACCCAGCCUACGACACGCCCGACGCCGGCGCCUCCUUCUCCCGCCACUUCGCCGCCAACUUCCUGGACGUGUUCAGCGAGGAGGUGCGCCGCGUGCUGGUGGCCGGGCCGGCGCCGCCGCGAGGGGCGGCUGAGCCCGCGGACGCCAUGGAGCCCGGGCCCGCGGGGCCCCCGGCGCUCAAGGCCGCGCCCUACGGCCACUCGCGCAGCUCGGAGGACGUGUCGGCGACCGCGGCGGCCAAGGCCCGCGUCCGCAAGGGCUUCUCGCUGCGCAACAUGAGCCUGUGCGUGGUGGACGGCGUGCGCGACAUGUGGCACCGGCGCGCCUCCCCCGAGCCCGACGCCGCCCCGCGCGCCGCCGAGCCCCCGGCCGAGCCGCGCGACAAGUGGAUGCGGCGCCUGCGGCUGUCGCGGACGCUGGCAGCCAAGGUGGAGCUGGUGGACAUCCAGCGCGAGGGCGCGCUGCGCUUCAUGGUGGCCGACGACGCGGCCUCGGGCCCCGGGGGCGCCGCCCAGUGGCAGAAGUGUCGCCUGCUCCUGCGCAGGGCCGUGGCGGGCGAGCGCUUCCGCCUGGAGUUCUUCGUGCCGCCCAAGGCCUCCAGGCCCAAAGUCAGCAUCCCCCUGUCGGCCAUCAUCGAGGUCCGUACCACCAUGCCCCUGGAGAUGCCGGAGAAGGACAACACAUUCGUGCUCAAGGUGGAGAAUGGAGCAGAGUACAUCCUGGAGACCAUCGACUCCCUGCAGAAGCACUCGUGGGUGGCUGACAUCCAGGGCUGCGUAGACCCCGGGGACAGCGAGGAAGACGCGGAGCCGUCCUGUGCCCGGGGAGGCUGUCUGGCCAGCCGCGUGGCCUCCUGCAGCUGUGAGCUUCUGACGGAGGCAGUGGACCUGCCCCGGCCCCCAGAGACAACGGCAGCCGUGGUGACAGCCCCACACAGCCGCGCUCGAGAGGCCGUCGGCGAAUCCCUGGUCCACGUCCCGCUGGAGACCUUCCUGGAUACCCUGGAGUCCCCAGGCGGCGGCGGCAGCAACAACACAGCAGAGGAGGCAGCAGAGCCAGAGGCCCAGGCCGAGGCUGAGCUGGAGCUCUCCGACUACCCCUGGUUCCAUGGGACGCUGUCGCGGGUCAAGGCGGCUCAGCUGGUGCUGGCGGGCGGGCCCCGGAACCAUGGCCUCUUCGUGAUCCGCCAGAGUGAGACCCGGCCCGGGGAGUAUGUGCUGACCUUCAACUUCCAGGGCAAGGCCAAGCACCUGCGCCUGUCCUUGAACGGCCACGGGCAGUGCCACGUGCAGCACCUGUGGUUCCAGUCUGUGCUCGACAUGCUCCGCCACUUCCACACCCACCCCAUCCCGCUGGAGUCCGGGGGCUCUGCCGACAUCACCCUACGCAGUUAUGUGCGGGCCCAGGGCCCCCCACCCGACCUGGGACCCUCGCCCAGUGCCGCGCCCCCGCCGCCCGCCUGCUGGAGCGAGCCGGCCGGCCAGCACUACUUCUCCAGCCUCGCCGCGGCUGCCUGCCCUCCCGCCUCGCCCUCGGAGGCCGGCGGCGCCUCGUCCUCGUCCGCCUCGUCGUCUUCGGCCGCGUCGGUGCCCGGCGCCCCUCGCCCCCCCGCCGAGGGCCCGCUGAGCGCCCGCAGCCGCAGCAACAGCGCCGAGCGCCUGCUGGAGGCGGCGGGCGGGGGAGCUGAAGAGCCCCCCGAGGCCGGGCCAGGCGAGGGCGCCCGGGGCCACACUCGCGCCGUGGAGAACCAGUACUCCUUCUACUAGGCGGGCGCGCCGGCGCCAAGGCCCUGGGGCCACCGGACCCGCCCCCGGCCGCGGGCGUCCAAAGCCGGACCCUGCCGGCCCCCCGCCCCGCCCGGCGCCGGGUGGGAAAAGCGAAGCUCUUCAGUGAAGACAUAAUGUUAUUAAAGAGCCUGUUUUAGGGACUGCA